AUGGCGCGGCGUGGUGUUCGUGAUAGUGCUCGUGGUGGUGCUCGUAGUAGUUUUUGCAGAGAUAUAAACAACCCUCAGUCAACCAAUGAUUAUUUUCCAAUACAACAAACAAACAUGCAUGGUACACCAAGUCUGGGAUCUAAUUCUACUGAUCAAUCUGCUGAUUCAUCUCAAAGGGUUAAAGGAUCAAAUGUGUUGGAGCAAAUUCCUAUUGACCCGUCAUCUAGGAAGAUGAUUAGCCUCAAUGUUGCUGGACAAUUUACAAGUCCUGAAGCUAUCCGGGCAGUCACUUCUACAUUGAAGUCGAUGUUUAAUGGCCCAUGGAGCUCAUGGAGAAAUGUUGACUUGAUUAACCGUGAGGCACUUUGGCAGCACUUUAAGGAAUUAUAUCAAUGGGAAGCUAAGUACACUGAUCAAGUUAUUAAAGUUGCAUGGGAGAAUGUCAUGAAAAGGCGUUUUUCUGACACUUUAAAAAAUGCACGAGAUGAAUCUGUCAAACUUGCAAAGGCUAAAAGUGUCAAUGUAUCAUUAGAAGGUAAUUUAACCAUUCUAAAGCCGUUUCGCCCGGAAUGGAUAAGAUCAGAAUAUUGGGAAGAAAUUAUUGAUAAAGUUUGGAACACGGAAAAAUGGAAACAAAAGUCAAAUUCUGCAAAGGAAAAUAGAAACAAAAUGGAAUAUGGUUCAAUUUCCAAACACUGUUGCGGUUCUAUCCCGAUUUCACAUCAUAGAGAUAUAUUGGAAUUAAAGCUUAAACGCCCACCUACUCAACUUGAACUUUUUGAAAAAACACACCGAACUAAACAACCAAAAGAAGGCACUUCAAAUACCAAGUACAUUACACCUAAAGCCGGAAUAGUUGUGAAUGCAUAUAAGGACGUUAUGGUGGCUAGAUAUGGUGAUGACAGUGAUAGUCGUCCCCCUUAUGAUCAUGAACUAUGGAUUGAAGCUAGUGGAGGGAUCAAGAAAGGAAGAGUUCUUGGAUUUGGUUCUGUGUCUGAUCCAGAAAGGUUUUUGAUGCCUUCUUUAGCAGCUCCAAGUACAUCUUCAGACAACUUAGAGGUCAUCAUGGAUCGAAUCCGUGAAGAGAUGAAGGAAGAACUUAAGUCGGAACAUGAAGAAAUGAAGCAAGAGCUUUUGGCCGAACGUGCAAAAAUGGAGGCACAAAAACAAGAAAUUGCGAAGAUGUAUAACGAAAUACUAAAGCUCGCCCAAGGAAAUAGUACUAAUUAG